UUUAAAAAUCUAACCUUGAAUAACCGUUAAAAACAUUUUAUAAUGCUACCGUAAUUAUUGUAAAUUGAUAUUAAUAAUUAUAAAUAGUAAUUAAUUCAAAAAUGGAUAAAAUUUUAUCACAACGUGACAGAUAUAUUUCGUCGAUACCACAUAGUGAACAGAUGAAAGAAAAGUUUCGUAAUUUUAUUGGACAAUUAGAUAAAAUUAAUCGUCAUAAUAUUGAACAGCUUACACAGGAGAGUAAAAAAAUUGAAAGACUGAAAGAAACGAUAUCAGAAAAAGAAGACCAAUUAUUAGUCGAAGAAAAAAAGAAAAAUUAUUUAAACAACGAAUUAGAAAACCAGGCAGAAUUAUUGGAAGAAUUACCAAAUGAGAAAUCGCGUUUAAUAAUAGAAAAAAUGGAAUUAGAGUCUAGAAAAAAUCAAUUGAAGGCUACAAAACCAAGUAAUACGGAUCAAAAACUUUUAGAACAUGGAAGAAAAAAAUUGGAGUACUACCGCAUACUGACCGGCAUCAGAUGGGACUAUCCAAUGUUGAAAACUUGUACGAAAGGAUAUGUAACAAAUCGUCAAGACUACACAAAGGAAUUCUGUUUUAAUGAAGACGACGAAAGAACAGAAGAAAAAAUUUGGGAAGAAAUUGGAAAAUGUGUUGAAAUUUAUGAAGAAAAAGAAAAUUCUGCACCUAAUAAAUAAUAAUUAAUUAUUUAGAUUAAGUUAUAUUUUAUAUAAUUGUAUAAAUAAUGAAUUCACUUACAAAAUAAUUAUCAAUUAUUUUUAGA